AACGUGCUUAGAUGGCGAAGUUAAAUAACGGGGGCUGAGCGGCUGGCCGCCUCCGUUAAUCUGCACAAUGCUUUACGCCUCAGCCGUACCUACUUUUAGCUAACACGUCAACGAUCAGAGUAACCGCUAUUCUAAUAACAGUGCACCAGAUCGCUAACGGGUUUCUUCAACAUUGUUUGUGACAAAGCCAGCUGAGGCUGAAGUAUCGGGAGACUACUGUUCCUUCAGUACCAACCACAAAAAUGAGAAGUCAUUUAAGAUACUACAGAAGGUGUUAAUGCACGUUUUGCUAGUGAAUUAAAGAAAUGUUUAAGGGUCACAUCAUAUAGCAAUAUGGCUUGGACUGCAUUGAUCUUUAUUUGAUACGCUUGUGAAGCUCUUCUGAGUAGUUUACACUCUUCAAAGAUGGAGGCAAUGAAACUAAAGCAUACAAUUAAUCCUUUUCUUCUUUAUCUUAUAAACUUUGUGGUCUGGCUGUAUACAGUUAUAACUUUUAUUCCAUGGUAUUUAUUUUCUGGAUCAAGAUAUACCAUAGCAAAGUCGAGGCAAAUUAAGGCUAAACCUGUGCAUAACACACCAGGUAGCCCAUAUAGAUCUGUCAACAGUUUGCAUUGUUUAGCGUCUGUAUUGUAUCCUGGAUGUGAUACCCUUGACAAAGCUUUCAAGUAUGCUAGAAGUAAAUAUAAGGACAAAAAACUUCUAGGAACACGGGAAAUCCUAAAGGAGGAAGAUGAAAUCCAGCCAUCUGGAAAAGUUUUUAAAAAGGUCAUCCUUGGGAAAUACAACUGGCUCUCAUACGAUGAUGUUUUCAUGAAAGCUAAACAAUUUGGAGAUGGAUUAAUUGUGUUGGGCCAGCAACCAAAGACAAACAUUGCCAUUUUCUGUGAAACUAGAGCAGAAUGGAUGAUCGUCGCCCAGGCUUGUUUCAUGAACAACUUCCAACUUGUUACACUUUAUGCCACUCUAGGAGGCCCAGCAAUAGUACAUGGAUUAAAUGAAACUGAGGUGACAACUAUUAUUACUAGCAAAGAACUGAUGCAGACAAAAUUGAAGAGCAUUGCUUCUCAGGUUCCAUUGCUGCGCCAUAUUAUUACUGUGGAUGGCAAACCAGUAUCAUGGUCAGAAUUCCCCAAAGGUGUAAUUGUUCAUACAAUGACAUCAGUUCAAGCUAUGGGCGAGAAAGCAGAAAAUAUAUCACUCAGCAAACAGAAGUUGAAACCAGUACCCUCAGACAUAGCAGUAAUUAUGUAUACAAGUGGUUCUACAGGAGUUCCAAAGGGCGUUAUGAUCUCUCAUUGCAAUCUUAUUUCUGGUAUAACUGGGAUGGCUGAAAGGAUUCCCAAUUUGGGAGAGAAGGAUAUUUACAUUGGCUACUUGCCACUUGCUCAUGUCCUGGAAUUAAGUGCUGAACUUGUUUGUUUGGCCCAUGGAUGCCGUAUUGGCUACUCCUCACCUCAAACUCUAAGUGAUCAAUCCUCUAAAAUAAAAAAAGGAAGUAGAGGUGAUGUUUCUGAACUGAAGCCAACUCUAAUGGCAGCUGUGCCGGAAAUCAUGGAUCGAAUCUACAAAAAUGUCAUGAGUCGAGUUAAUGAAAUGUCCAGUUUCCAACGGAAUCUGUUUAUAUUAGCUUAUAAUUACAAGAUGGAGCAGAUUUCCAAAGGCUAUACCACCCCACUAUGUGACAGUCUCAUUUUCCGAAAAGUCCGGAUGCUGCUAGGUGGGAAGAUUCGGGUCUUGUUGUGUGGAGGAGCUCCACUUUCUGCAGCCACCCAGAGAUUUAUGAACAUCUGUUUUUGUUGCCCUGUGGGACAGGGCUAUGGCCUUACAGAAUCCUCUGGGGCUGGAACAAUAACGGAAGUUUGGGAUUACACAACAGGCAGAGUGGGAGCACCAUUAGUUUGCUGUGAAAUCAAACUGGUGAACUGGAAAGAAGGUGGCUAUUUUAACACAGAUAAACCAUAUCCUAGAGGUGAGAUUGUUAUCGGAGGCCAAAACAUAACAAUGGGCUACUACAAAAAUGAAGAGCGAACUCGGACAGAUUUCAUGGUGGAUGAGAAUGGACAGAGGUGGCUGUUUACUGGAGACAUUGGAGAAUUCCAAGCAGAUGGGUCUUUAAAAAUUAUUGAUCGUAAAAAAGAUCUUGUAAAACUUCAAGCGGGAGAAUAUGUUUCUCUGGGCAAAGUAGAAGCUGCUCUGAAGAAUCUUCCAUUGGUAGAUAAUAUUUGUGUAUAUGCAAGCAGUUUUCACUCUUACGUGAUUGGAUUUCUUGUGCCAAACCAUAAAGAACUUAAAGAGUUAGCACGAAAGAAAGGAUUUAAAGGAAACUUGGAAGAGAUAUGCAAUAGCGCGGAAAUGGAAAAAGAAGUACAAAAGAUUUUAGCUGAGGCUGCUAUGACAGCUAAUCUGGAGAAAUUUGAAGUCCCACUCAAAAUUCGGUUGAGCCCUGAACCUUGGACCCCAGAAAUGGGCUUGGUGACAGAUGCCUUCAAACUAAAACGUAAAGAGCUUACCGCAUACUACCAGGAAGAUAUUAAUCGAAUGUAUGGAACAAAAGUAAAAUAAUUCCUCUUUCUCCCCAGUUUCUUCUUCUUUUUUUGCACCACUUUGCUAAGGUGAGCUCAGAUCAAAUAGGAAAUACUUGAAUCACACGUCUCAUCCCUUGGGACCAACAUAAAAACAUCUUUACACACUUUCAGAUUAUGCUGUUUACUUCUGAUACUAUCAACAUCUUUAACUGGCAGGAUUAGUAAAAUGUUAAGACAGCAAACCUGUGUCUGUCUCCCCCCCCCUCAGUUUCCUCUGCUACGUUGUCAGUGUGUGUAUACUCCUCAGAAUCCUUUUGGGCUAAGAUGAUUUUGAAGCCUCAAGUUUUUAAACCUGAUUUAUAAAUCCUGUAUAAUGUUCUGUUUGUAACUUUUCAAAAUUUGAUUAUAUAGUGGGAGAACCUGGCUGUGAAAGAAAUGAUUAGUGGGAGGGGGGCUUUUUUACAUAUGUAUUUAAAUAUUAAAAAGGUAUCAAUGUGAAAUUAUGUACAAACGAAAUGACUUCUAGGUGAAAAAUCAUUGUUGGCCAGAAAACCAGAUUAUUUGUUGCUGUGCAAUUGUUUUGUAUAAAAUUGCAAGAGAAAUAGUCUGACAUUCUGACUUGUGAAAUAACAGCUGAAGUAUGUGCCUGACAGUUUCCUCCUACAUAUAAAUUUUAUUUUUAUCUGAAAUAAGGAAAAAUUCGUCAUGGCAAAGCACUGUAUAUAGAUGAGCAUACCUGGAAAACAAGCUGCACUGAUGCUUUAUUCAUACAAAGUAUGCUCUAACACAGCAGAUGUUACACCUGUGAAUAAUCUGUCUAAUGGAGGUAGUUCACUCUUCAAACUGUAUUGCGGCCAUUUUGUAAAGAAAUUAAAUUGUUAAAACUA